GAAAUCAGCUGAACAAAAAGCUGGCUGCUGUGCUGAAGCUGAAAUCGAAAUUCUGUAAUCGCUGUCAUUCUGAUAAAAUUGUAAAGAUAAUUUACAUAUUUUGAAUAAAAUAGUUUGUCUUGGCUAAAAUUCAACAUUCAGCAAGAUGUUAGCGUUAAUAAAUCGUAUUCUGGACUGGUUCAAAAGUUUAUUUUGGAAAGAAGAAAUGGAAUUGACGUUGGUCGGUUUACAGUGUUCUGGAAAAACAACUUUUGUAAAUGUCAUAGCGUCGGGCCAGUUUAGUCAAGAUAUGAUUCCGACAGUAGGAUUCAACAUGCGCAAAAUCACCAAAGGGAAUGUCACCAUAAAGGUGUGGGACAUUGGAGGUCAGCCAAGGUUCAGGUCUAUGUGGGAACGAUAUUGCAGAGGAGUCAAUGCCAUAGUUUACAUGGUGGAUGCAGCUGAUCUGGAAAAAUUAGAAGCUUCACGCAACGAGCUCCAUUCCCUGCUAGAUAAACCUCAGCUGGCCGGAAUUCCUGUACUAGUCCUUGGAAACAAACGAGAUCUACCCAAAGCCCUUGAUGAGAAGGAGCUCAUCGAACUCAUGAACCUGUCGGUUGUUCAAGAUCGUGAAAUAUGCUGUUAUUCAAUUUCUUGCAAGGAGAAAGACAACAUCGACAUCACCCUUCAGUGGCUGAUAGCACAUUCUAAAUCAGGGGCCCGUUGAACAUUUUCAAAAAUUCUGCGGAUUUUCAAAAACUGCAGAGCGCUUCUGGGUCGCCGGUCUUGCUGACCAAUCGCCAAAAUUGAAAAAAAUGGGCAACAUUUUAUUUUUAUUAAUUUUGUGCCCCUUUCAUGAACAGUAAGAAUUAGAUCUCCACUCAAUAUUAGGCGAAGAAAAUUUAAAAUCACUUGACAUGUAUUAUGAUUUAUAUUACAUGUUUUUUGAUGAAGAAAAAAUACAUUAUCGCCCAAUAUUCUAUUCCAUUUAAUCGUACAAUUUGUAUAGUUUGCAUGCAUUCAUUAUGAAAUUUAGUUUGUAAUUUUUGUUUCAAGUAACUACUGUAUAAAUUCUAUAUGGUCUACAUUUUAACAGAAAAAUCUUGAACUGAAUUCAUUAAAAUAUAAGCUUCUUAAUAUAUUUUGCAGGUUGUUUUGAAAUCUAUCGUUCAUAAGUCUGUGUAAAGUCAACUACUAUUAUCUAUAAAAAAUACUUAGCUUAGAUUUAUUUUAAAUACUAUUAUAAAUAUUUUAAAAAUACACUGUCAGUUUUUAUUUUCAUCAAUGCAUGCAACAGUGAUUAGGUUACUCUAUAAUUUAGUAAUAUUUAAUUUAAAAAACUAUAUUUUUGUUAUGUUUCUAAAAUAAUAUAAACUUGUUACUCAAAAAAUGUAUAUAAAUGUAAUUCAUUCUGAUGUAAUAGGAAGAGGAAUGUCCUUCAGGUGUUUGGAAAGGAUUUAAAUUCAAAUGUUUAUUUGAAUUUGGUUAGAAAUUUAAAAUUUCCUAUGUGCUUGAUAGAAAAUUUGUGCUUGCAAUGCUAUCCUACUCAAUAUACCGUAUUUUUUUAUUUUAUAUUCUCCUCUUUUCCAAGGCAUGCAGGUUUUAUCGACGAUUGGCGGAAGAAUUCCUUUCUAUUUUUUAUUCUUCAAGGGUAAUAUAUCUUUAAUAUAUUCCAGACUAAAUCCAGAUUUAUAUCCAAAAUUUCAAUUUGUUGUUCUGAAAUUUUAAACACUAUAUUUUUGAUAUUCGUUUUCCUCCCUCUCUUGUUUAUCUUUUAUAUAAGUUGUUUUUUCAUCAAACUUAUAUCCAAGUUCCCUUCAUCUUCUAGACUCCCUCAAAUGUAAAUACGAUACAUUUUAACUGUUAAUUAACUAUUAAUUAUCAACUCUUUUCACUUCCCACGUUUAGUAAUCUCCAUUUUUUUAUCUUAACGAAAUCUGCGCGUAUCUUGUGUAGGUUGCUACUGUUGCAUUAUCAUUAAGUAUCUUGAGUUGGAUACUGUUGCAAACAUCGACAUAUUUUACAUCGUGGUUAUGUGUAAAUACAGAAAACGACCAUGUAGAAUUAUUAAUUGAUAGAAAAAUAUUUAUCCAUAACAUUAGUUGUAUUUAAGAAGUUAGCAGAGAAUGGAAUAAAGAAGGUAGAUAGGAUACAUGCUGUAUUGCACAAGGUACAAUAUACAUGUCUGAAAUAUAUUAUAUUUUACAUGUAUUGUAUCUUACCUUGGAAUGAAGCUUCUCAAGUGCUUACAACCAACAGAUCUGGCAUACUCUGAUACGGUUUUUGAUUGGAAAAUGAUUACAGAUCUUUCUAAUGGCGGUUUAUCAAAUUUGUACAUCACACCAGCUCUGAUGUGUCUAGUAUCGAAAACUCUUCGAUUUUCAUAUACUUUUUUCCAGAGGCGUUGUAGAGGUACAGACCUUUACAAUGUCUUUGUUUUUUCCAGUAUACCUUUCUAAUGACUUUAUAGGUAUCGAUUGAUGAAAUUGAUACUCAAAUAUUUUUUUACAUUUUACUUCAAUUUACAUUUCUCAUUGUUCUCUUGCUUUUUAGAUUUGUUCUGCUGGUGGAAAAAAACGAAAAAAAAACAUUUGAAGAGAGAUAUGUAAAUUGCAUGAAAAAUUUCAAAUAUUUCACUCCGUUUGGGUUUUUAUGAGCUAGAUCAGGUAUGUAAUUUGUAUUCUAAUAUUGUAGGUGUACAAAUACACAGUGGUAUUGUAGAAAGGUACAUAUUCUUCAAUCUAGUCAGAAUAAAUUACUUUUUCCAAUUUCUUCCUGUUUUUAAUAAUUUAUUAUGAAUAAAUGGGUUAUUUUUCAAACUAAAAUAAUGACAACUAGCACAUACUGUAGUUUAUAUUAUCUGGAAAACUUAUGCGUGAAAUACUCAUUAAAGACUUUUAUACUAGCUUAUAAUGUUUAGUUAUAUUAUUUAUAGUAUCCAUGUUUAUGUAUCAUAGAUUGAUUAAACAUUUGAAAUGAAUUGUAUUUCAAAAUUAUUAAUCUGUUGAAUGAGAUUGAAUUGAUUGGAUCAAUUUAUAUAGAAAGAUUCGUUCAUCGAAUUUUUUAUUAGAAAUUAUUUCUGUUUAGAAAGACUCAAGAAUUAGUUAAUUAAAUAUGGAGUCUUCUCAAUAUAUAUUGGAUAUAUGUUAUUAUAUUGUUGUUUUAGGUGAUAUUGAUGUUUUCUAUUGGAAUUAGACACAAAAAUAUUCUGUGAGAAAGUUUCAAGAUAAUUAGGAAUUCUAUUAUCUAAUCAGGAGUCCAUCAAACUAUUGUUUAAAAAAAUAUUCAUUUGGCAGCUAAGUAAAUUGUGAACCAAGUUUCGUAGCUUACUUCAUCGUAAAUAACAAAAAACUAUCUUAUUUUCACACUGUAUAAAUUUUACAUUCCCUGAUACUUAAAAUUAGGGAAUAGAAAUCUUAGAAAUACUCUCCAAUAUUUUAAAGUUUGGGAUCAAGUAAACUUCUAAUGCCACCGUAGAUAAUUUCUCAACCUUGAUGAAAUUAAAUGAAAAUAUCCUUUAUUAGGCGGAGUUAGGACUUUCAAGUCCUCUCUACUAUUCAACCUCAACCCUUGAGAAAAAUUCGAAUAUUGAGCAAAAAAUGACCUACGAUUAAUGCAGACUAUUCUCUUGAACCUUACUUUGUAAGGGUCUGGUUAAAUUAUUUUCAAUUGAGUGCGCAGUGGGAUCUCUACUAAGCGUCAACCAGUGGGACUGGGACGGAUGAUAGAAAUUUAUGUAUUUAUUUAUUCGUAGAUACAAUCACAAAUCAUAUAAAUAUGAUUAUGAAGGAACAACAGGCUUGGCCCAAAACUAUUCUAUUCCCAAAUAUGAAGAUGAUAUAUGUUAUUAAGAUUACAAUCAAGUAAAAACUCACAAUCAAUUAAUAACGGAUAACCAAAAGUGACGGUUAAUCGAGGUUUCGCCUGGAGCCAGUUUUUGUUACAUUAAGAAAUUAAGGUGCUUUUUAUGGACUCAUGCUUUCUAUAAUUUACAUUAAACCUAAAUCUACGGGUUUUAGAAUGUAAAUAUAAUUUUUCUUUGUAUAGUUGAGAAUAAUAAGAAGUCAAGGAUAUUGUCAAAUUUCACUAAAAAAUUGUUUAGUGAAAUUUGACAAUAUCCUUGUUUUAUUAUUAUGGAGAGAUUUCACAACAUCACCAUCAAUUCUACUAAUUUUAUGUAUAGUUGAGAAGUUGAAUUGUGGUAAUUAUUCAUAUUAAAUAAAAAUACCAAGAAAUUGUUAAAAACCACAGAUUUCUUUGAUAGUUAGAAAGACCGGUUUCGGUUGUUACACCACUGUCAAUCUCUGAUAAACUCAAUUUUAAUUAUAAUUUCAAUAGUGGAGCGUUAACUUUAUAAAAUUAUCAAAUUUAUAUAUGAUUUGCAAAUUGAGUUGGGGAUUCAGAUACAAGUGUAUCAAACUAGUAUAUUGUAUCAAUUAUUAUUAAAACAAUAUUAACUCGAAUAUUGGGGUUGCUUCAUCAAUGUUAUGCAUUUAAUUAGAGAAGCAUUAACUUUGAAAAUUGGCAUCUUCAAACAUAUAGGUAUCCGAUUUGAAAAUUGAAUAGGAUAUUUUUAUACAUUGUUUCAAGAACGAUUCAAACAAUAUUCAACCAAAAUUAAUAUUGGUGUUGCUUUAUUAAUGUUGAGUACUUAUUUUAUUAAUGAAGCAUUAUCUUCUUGAUCAUCAAAUUUGUAUCUCAUCAACAGAUAUAAAGAUACAAUAAUGUAUAAAAUUUGUAGAUUGUUUCAAGUACAAUCCAAACAAUUUGAACUCAAAUAUUGACGAUGAAGAUAAGAGUUGAUUUGAUACUUCAUGAAAUAUGUUGUGAGCAUUUAAUCAAGCUGAAGAUUCUAGGAUACUGGUAGUAGGUUAUAAGAAUGUGUCUUGUUAGAAGAAAUGUAUGAUUGUAUAUGUGGCCUACAUUUUUUGUAGGAUUGGUUAGAUUGUAUAACUGAUUGUUGAAGCCUGAUUUGCCAUAGUGCUUUUAUUGGUAGGCCAAUGUUUUUUUGAAUACAGGUACCUGUUAUCAGGAUUGAGAAAUUUCGUGUUCAAUCUUUUGACUGAAGCAACAAAACGAGUCAAAUUUAGUGUUGAUUGAAUGAAGGAAGAAAAUGUGAAAUUUGUGUUGACUGUCAAAAUUUUAUUCUCAAUUUCUUAUUUAUUUAUUCUUUCAAACAUUGAUACAUAGGUUACAAUAUCAUUCUCAACUAUGAAUGAUUGGGAGGGGAACAACAGGCUUAAAGCCCAAAACUGUUCCUUUCCCAAAUUUAGAUAGAAAUUGACCAAAAAUAGGUUAUAUUUACACUUAACGAUUUUAUUGUGUGAUCAUAAAAAAGUCAAUUUUUUGUUGAAUUAAUUGAGCUAAUAUAAAUGAUUUUAUCGAGAAAACAGGCUUUAGGCCCGCCACAACGUAGACCCACGCUAAUCCACGAAAAGCAACCCACGCCGUGGGAUGUUUUGUAAACCAUUGCUAGGCUUCUCCAGACAUCUGUAUAAUUUUAAUAAUACAUGCAAUGAAUAAUCCACUUGUCAGCUGAUUGAUUAUGAAUAAUUCUAUAGCAAUGGUUUACAAAACAUCCUACGGCGUGGGUUGUUUUCGUGGAUUAGCGUGGGUCUACAUUGCGGCGGGCCUUAAAGAUGGACUUUUGUCUGUCUAUAGGCUUUGAUAGGGUUUGUAUAGACUGUGUAUCUUUUUAAAGAUAGAUCGCUCUUUUGUGGAUUUUAUUCAAAACAGUAGAAUAUGAGAAAAGGAUUAUAAUGGAGGAUUUCAGCUGUAAUAGAUAGGUAAAAUAUUUAGAAGAUUAGUAUGAAAUAAUUCAUAAACUGGUCAAUAAUUGUCAAAUCAAUGAGACAUUUUAUUAACUUUACCCACCUCAAGUUGAUUGAAAAUAUUUUUUCUCUGGAUCAAAAAUCAAGUGACGAAGCAGUGUGUGAUAUCAUAACCUCAAACUGUGGACAACAUUAACUUUUUAUCUGAAUUUUUGGAGAGAAAUAGUAAAGGCUCAGCCUAUUUUUUCCUUCAAUGUUAUAAUUAUAUUAUGAUUUUAGUAUCAUUUACAAUAAAUAAAUAAAUUUCCUAAAAGUUACCACAAGGUGAACCUCUAAUUCCAAGUGGGUUUCGAACCAUUACCAGGAACUCUAAAAAACAUUGGCCGACCAAUAUAAAAUUAAUAUUUAAGUGUUGGAUGCCAGUGUAUGUGUGAUAUUGGAAUAUUAUACUACAUUCUAUUCAUAAAUCUGUCAUAACUAUUACCUAUCGAAUUUGUUUUUAAAAUGAAUUUGUCAUGAUUA